AUGGCUGGUCCCCUACUUUCUGCUUUGGAGGCCAAAGAUGGCGAGCUGCUCCGACCGAGUCUCGAGAAGUUGUUGAAGGCCCAGCUUGGCCCAAUCCUCCUGGAGCAAACUGCCGGAGAGCGCUUCACCGGCGGAAAGUCGACACCAGUGUGGAAGCUCCGAUUUACUGCAAAACGAGGCGAAAAAGAGAAGGAGACUCGGCUGGUGGCCAAAUGGAUGAAGCCGUCCUCUGAGCUAAGAUGGGCUUCGCAAGCCAACGAGAAGCAGUUCUAUCUCUCGGCUGCUCCCAAGUUGCGGAAGUUCCUUCGAGUGCCCCACAUGCUGAUGUGUGAAGACAGCCCGAGUAGUGGCUUUUGCUUCCUUCUCGAUGACCUCACUGUCGAUUUCCCUUUGCACCCUGAUGGCUUGGAUGUGCCUGGUGCCCACGCGAGUCUUACCUGGCUGGCCCGCUUCCAUGCACUGUUCUGGGAAGCCGAUUCAGCAGGCUCUUCAUUUCCUGCGGGCAUGUCCAGCUCGUCUGACUACUGGGGGUUGAACAAGGGCGAGAACCAGGAGCGCCUAGGUUCAGUCGCUUCUGCGCUGAAUGCAUCCAUGAAGGUGCUGAAGGCCAACGGUGUGUGGGAGGUGGCGAAGACGAUUGGGGCUCGCCUCUCAGCUGCCGCUGGGCCCUUGGAUGCAGCGCUCCGGCGUUCGAAGGGCUUCGUGCGGCAUCGGACAUUGCUCCAUGGCGACUUUAAGACCGCGAACUUCUUCCUUCGCCGCGUGGGCGAGGGGGAGGGCGCCUUCUGCGAAGCGGCGGUGGUAGAUUUCGAGUUUUCGGGCCCCGGCUUUGUGGCAGUCGAUCUGGCGAAUUUCCUCUUCCCGGAUCUGAAGAUGGACCUUCUAUCCAUGGAGUCCGACCUGCUUUCGUUCUACCAUGCUCAGCUGAUGAUUGCUUUCGAAGAAUUCGGCACCGGCGGCGAUUUUCCGCUUACUCUGCUGCUGGCGCACUAUGCCCUUGCCCGCUGCGACUACAUGCGCUACAUGUUGGGACGUGGGUGGACGGCCUGCAGUGCCGGGGACGCACGUGUGCUCGCUGCUGUGGAUGCAGAUCUUCGCCGACUGGACGGCGGGCAGACGCUGCCAGCCGAAGGCUACGAGAAGGCCAUUGCAGCCUUACUUCUGGAAAGCAGCUGA